UAGAAAUAUAUAAUUAGUCGGAAUCUCUGAUUUGAGAUGCCUUAAAGAACAAAGAAAAAAGUACUGACGAUCCAAAAAAACAGCAGAGACAAAAAUAUGCAGAGCCAGAGGGAGUUCAAUCUGUUUUUGAAGAGGCUGGUGGUAUGGAUUGCUGUCCUUCCUCUCCUGAUAAUGGUCUCUACAGGAGGUCAGUUAUCAGAAUCUCAAUCUUUGUUCAGUUUCAUUAAAGCUGUUGAUCCACAAAAUGUGCUAAGAAUUGACUGGAAUGGGUUGCUGCCACAUCCCUGCAUGCAUGAGUUGAAGGGUGUAAAAUGCAAUUUACAGGCUACUGCCAUAGCAGAAAUCAGGCUUGAAAAUUUGAAUCUUAGUGGCAUACUUGAUGCUGAUGCCCUUUCCAAGCUCCAAAAUCUGCAAGUUCUAAGCUUAGCAAAGAAUCACAUCAGAGGAAACAUCCCUUACUCAAUAUUGUACUGCACAAGGCUGACUUACUUAAAUCUAAGCCACAAUCUUCUGAGUGGAAGGUUACCUAUGGCUGCUCUUACUGAGUUGAAAUAUCUCAGGACCUUGGACAUCUCUAACAAUCAUUUUACUAGCAUCAUGCCAUAUUUCAAGCAGGAACUCAAGAAUCUCUAUACAUAUUCCUUGAAAUCAAGUGCAUUACAGAAAAUUAGCACUGGAGAAAGGGUAGAGGCAAUGGAUUCAACGCACACACCUUCAGAAAGCCCAAAAAGUAGCACUGAACACCCGAGUAAACCCUGGCUAAACUUGGGGAUUCUACUUCUUGGCAUUGGAUUCCUUCUGUUUUGUACCUACUUAGUGAUAAAGAGGAUCAAUUCAGCCAAAGAGAGGGAGAUUCUGAAGCGGCUUCCGGACUCUCAUCCUCCCGAAACACCACCGCCCAAGGCAAAAGAGGAAGUUAAGGCAGUGGAAAGACGGUCAGAGCUUGUGUUUUUUGUUGAGGAGCAGGAAAGGUUCAAAUUGGAGGACCUCCAUGAAGCCACAGCUGACUUGCAAAACCAGACCCUUUGCAGCACCCUUUACAAGGUAAUACUUAAAAACAGUGCCCUUUUUGCAGUCAAAAGAUUGAAGAAAUUGCAGGUAUCCUUUGAGGAGUUCGGCCAAACAAUAAUCCAGAUAGGGAAUUUAAAGCAUCCAAACAUUCUGCCCCUAGUUGGUUACCAUUCAACCAAUGAAGAAAAACUUUUCAUCUAUAAGUAUCAAAGCAAUGGGAGUCUGCUAAACUUACUAGAAGACUAUGUUGAAGGUAAGCGGGACUUCCCUUGGGGACUUCGGUUGUCCAUUGCAAGUGGGAUUGCAAAGGGUUUGGCCUUCAUCUAUAAAAGUUCUGAUGACCAGGAGGAGAUAAUCCCUCAUGGGAAUCUUAAGCUAUCGAAUAUACUCUUGGAUGAAAAUAAUGUACCACUGAUAAGUGAAUAUGGGUUUUCAAGAUUUCUAGACUCCACAAAACUUUGUGUCUUGACCCCCAUUAAUGGAAAUACAGCUCCUGAGAAAAGUUUAACAGAACAAGGAGAUGUUUUUAGCUUUGGAGUGAUUCUCCUGGAGCUACUGACAGGCAAAACUGUAGAGAAGAGUGGGAUAGACCUUCCUAAAUGGGUAAGGGCUAUGGUGAGGGAGGAAUGGACUGGAGAGGUGUUUGACAAAGAGGUCAGUAAAGCUGCAAUACACUGGGAGUUUCCCUUGCUGAAUAUAGCCCUCAAAUGUGUAUCACAUUCUCCUGAGGAUCGGCCAACCACGGCAGAAGUUUCGGAGAGGAUAGAGGAGAUUGUGACUUUGCAAGGAGACCAUUCUACUACUUCACUUGAGUCUUGUUGUGGAUCCACCCAACAUAAUUGCUGUGUUCUUCACACGAUCAUAACUGAUACUUGGGAUAGUCCUGGAUCAAAUUACUGAAGGUUUUGUUCCUUUUAAUUUGGAAGAACAGAAGCUAUAUAUAUAUAUAU